AUGGAAAACAUCUCACCACCGCCAGACACCAAUACCCAACAACCACAGCGGUUGAUGUUCGAACAGACCGAGCAGCAUCCCUGGCUACCAGACAAUGUCGACUUCGAUGCUUGGUCAUUUUCUGAUCUGCCAGGAGACACUUAUGCGGUCCCUUUUCUUGACUUCAGCUACCUGCCUCCCGAUCAUCACUACAGCCCGCAACCACCGCAGAAGCGGCGAAGGGGGAGACCAUAUACUGGUUGUCUGACCUGCCGUGACAGAAAGAUCAAGUGUGAUGGAGGACGUCCUGUCUGCUCGAACUGUGAGAAGUCACGGCACUAUGCAUGUCGCGGAUACUUGGACUUUGAUGCUGCGAAAUCCAAGGCAAGGAUAGCAACACACGACGUGCAUACUACUGCCCUCUCCGAUGCUCCUGACACUGCUCUGGCGCAGUCGCCGAUACCCUUCCAGCAACAGUUUCAUGCUGGUACCAGGUCUCCAGGAGAGAAGUACGCCGUUCACCAAAGCAAGGUCAGGUCUCCGCUGCAUGUAGGUGGCCGGUCACAGAGUACCCCUUCGAAUGUUACGGCCACCGAAGACGGCCAACCCACUUCAUGGGAAGACCUCAUCCCACGUUCAGAGAUCCAGUCCGAGCGACUCGAUAACGAUGGGGUCCCAUCUCACACGGCUCUGACCCUGGUGGACAACCAGCUGGACAACCAGAACGAGCAGGCAACCGUGGGCAGUGAUUAUAAGGACUAUGAUCUGUUGCUCCACUACAAGAAGGUGGUAUGUCACAUUAUGAUGCCAACGAUAGACAUUGUGAGAAACCCCUGGCUGCAGAUUUACCUGCCAAUGGCCAUGCGCGAUCCGCCCACUGCCUCUCAGCUAGCCUUGCGGUACGCCCUCAUGUCAGUAGCGGCGUAUAACCUCGCACAGGCCGACGACCCUCGCGCCCACAAGGAUGACCAGCGAGCCGUGCACUACAGAUCCAAAGCAGCGGAGAUUCUCAAGGACCUGGUGCACUCCUGCAUGGAAGAAAAGGAUACUUCCGACAGAUGCGCAUCCCUAGCUGCGGCCAUGAGUCUGAUCUCGACCGACGUGUUCGGCGACGACGGUUUCGACUGUAACGUCAACGUCAACAUGGCUAAGCGGAUCGUCCAAAAGACUGGAGGCGAGAGGUUUUGGACAUCGACACACGAGACGAGUGUAUUGUAUCAGAUCUUUCGGUGCUACGACAUGGUCGCAUCGACGACUCGUUCUGGCCCAAAUGAUCCGUCUUCACAAAACUCGUCGCAAAAGUCUACUGGUUCUGUUGCUAGCGACCAGUCUGAAUCACCCAGCGACGAGUCUGCGAACGAGGGAUUAUUAGACACGGCUACUCUUCGCGAAGACGUUUUUCCGUACCAGGGCCAUUACAUUCUCGACACGACGUUCGGCAUCGGUCUACGAACCAUGUCGUUGCUCCAUCGCACCAUCAGACUCAGCAUGUUGUGCGCGCAACAUAAAGCGAGAUCGUCACGCUGGCCAGAUGACCUGAGUCAGGAUGUAGGCGCGUUAAGGAACCAAUUGCAUCGCAUAGCGGAAAACCCUGCAUCCUUCAUACCUAGUGUCUCGGGCCAUCAGAUGGUACCUAGGCUGGACUCAAGGGAAUGUCGCGCGACAGUGGCUUCACUUGGAUCCUCGACGCAGCCACGCUCGCUAUUUCCAGGUGUCAUAUGUGAUGAACUCAUGGAGAAUCACCAGUGGGCUUUCCACUAUGCCGUCAUUGUGUAUUAUUACCGCGUCUUCUCGACGUUGUCAGCUGCACUGCAGCAACAGCAGCAGCAGCAUAACAUCAUCGAGGCUGACAACAGUGAUGCCAACUGCCAGCGCUAUGUGGACAAGAUCCUCGAACGGCUGGAGAAUAUCGAUUGUCUCACGCGAGGCACGGAUGUACGGCCUGCGAACACGCUGUGGCCUGCGUUCGUGGCUGCUGCGGAGGCUGUGAAUGUCGACCUCAGGCAUCGUGCGUUGCUAUGGUUUUCGAGAGCGGCGAGGCAGGGUAUAGGGAACAUCCCACGCGCGAAACAUUUGACCAUGGAGAUCUGGAGGAGGGUCGAUCGGCAGUUGCCUCCAGAUGAACCGUCGUCGUCGUUCUCGUCGAAUCAGGGACUUGGGCCCGUGGAUUGGAGAGAGGUCAUGGAGGAACUCGGGAGCUUGAUCAUGUUGACUUGA